AUGCUCCGGUUGACUGCCGUUGCCGUUAAAGAACGUCUGCUUAAGUGGAAGACGUGGGCCACGGGACUGUCCGUUGGAUCUUCGCUUGUAUUCUUUAUUCGCUUCGACGACAGUUUCAUGUUGCUGUCUCCCUCUAAAUGGUACAUUGUAUCUCUUGGGUCUCUACAGGGUGUCUCGUUGCCUGUUUGUGCCCCUCUGUCUGUUUGCCGUGUGUUCCCUCUGCGUCUGUGGCGGUUGAUCCGUCUGUUAGAUCUCUUCCUUUUCAUGUUGUGCUUGACGAGUUUACGUUCUACGGAUUAG